CCCUACCCCCAUCCCGUCCCCCGUCACCUCCUCCGGGCUCCAGCCGAAGCCGCUCCUCCUCCACCAUGUCCGGACCGACUCUGACGGACCGGAUCGCCGCCGCGCAGCACAGCAUGAGCGGCUCGGCCAUCAGCAAAGCCGUGUGCAAGGCCACGACGCACGAAGUGAGCGGACCCAAGAAGAAACACCUUGACUAUCUAAUCCACUGCACCAACGAGCUGAAUGUCAGCAUCCCUCACCUGGCGGACACGCUACUGGAGCGCACGGCCAGCAACAGCUGGAUCGUGGUCUUCAAGGCGCUCAUCGCCACGCAUCACCUCAUGAUGUACGGCAACGAGAGACUGAUGCAGUACGUCGCCUCCAGAAACACGCUCUUCAACCUCAACAACUUUCUCGAUAAGGCCGCGCUACAAGGAUACAACAUGUCCACCUUCAUCAGACGCUACAGUCGCUACCUGAACGAAAAAGCCAUGUCGUUCCGGUUAGCAGCAGUGGACUUCACCAAGAUGAAGCGAGGGGCCGACGGCGUGAUGCGCACUAUGAACACAGAAAAGCUGAUUAAAACGCUGCCAAUCAUUCAGAACCAGCUGGAUGCGCUGCUGGAUUUCCAGCCUAACUCCAACGAGCUGAGCAACGGAGUCAUUAACACGGCCUUCAUGCUGCUCUUCAAAGAUUCCAUACGGUUGUUCGCCGCAUACAACGAGGGUGUCAUCAACAUGCUGGAGAAGUACUUUGACAUGAAGAAGAACCAGUGCAAAGAGGCACUGGAGCUCUACAAGACCUUCCUCAACAGGAUGACUAAACUGUCCGAGUUUCUCAAAGUGGCCGAGGCUCCCAGCUCGCUCCUGGAGGCUCUGGAGCAACAUUUAGCCUCCCUGGAGGGCCGGAAGCUCAAAGACCUCUCCACUGCCAGCAGGUCCAGCACUCUGUCCAGCACAGUGUCAUCCCGCUCCAGCACUGGGAUCUCCCUCAGCCGAAUGGACGACAAGAUGGAGAACAAUAGACUGCAGCAACACAAGGACGCCGGUCAUAAGGCGAUCGAUAUCCAGACGCCCAACGUGUCACCCAGCACCCAGUCCGUGGGCAGUGCCAACAGCAGUGGAGGAGCUAUGGACCUGUUCUCCAGCUCACCCCUUGUAGCUGUCAACAACCAUGUGCCAAACUUGACCAGUGAGCUGUUCACCCUGCAACCCCAUUUCACACCCCUUCAGACCACACACACUGUGCCCAACAACAACGCGUGGGGAGGUGAUUUUCUCAAGCCGGCCCCGCACACUCAGAUUCACAGCUCCGGUGCCCCACUGCACUCUGGGAAGAUGCUUUCCAGCGAUUUGGACUCUUCAUUAGCCAACCUCGUCGGGAACUUGCAGUUUGGGGGGCCGCCAGCCAAAAGGCCUGAGCUGCAGUGGAGUCAGCUGGUGGAGAAGAAGCCGACAGGGGGGAGUGGCUGGCAGACAAAAACCGUGUGCCAUAGCACAAAUUGGACUCACUCGGCCCAUCCCAUGGCCCCAGCGCCCAUGCCCGUCCCUCAGAUGAAUGGGGUUAUCUACACUGGCUAUGCUCCAGCUCCAGUAGCUUUUCCUAUGACAACCCCCCAAGUGCCUGUCUAUGGAAUGCUCCCCCCUCAGAUGAGCCAUCAGAUGGGGAGUGUUCCCAUGAUGCCCCAGCAGCCCAUCAUGUACAACCAGCCGGUCUUGAGACCCACCAAUCCAUUCGGACCCAUCCCGGGGACGCAGAUGCACUUCAUGUAGAGAUGAUGCUGUAACCAUGGCAGCAGAGCUGAGAGUGCCACAGAGGAAGAGUGAAGACAACAGAAGGACG